GAUAAUGGAUGAACAACUAUAUCAAACAAUUUAUAACUUUCUUACAACUCUCGAAUACCCUGUAGACUACUCUAAUUUAGAAAAAUCUUAUUUACAAAAAGAAGUUAAAAAUUAUUUUAUUGAAAACAAUAUUUUAUUUAAAAGAAACAAGGAUAAGCCUCAACGU